UAAGGAUAAUGAAACAUGAGAUACAAUACAUUUAAAGCAACUGUGCGGAGCUGGAUGCGCAGUAAAAUGGUGGGGAUACUUGUAAAAACUUAAGAAAAAAAAAUUGUGCAGAAAGAUGGGUAUUACUGUAUACAUUUUACAUGUUGUUUUAUGAUCAAAUGGUUAAACGUCACUCAACGUCAUUCGUACUUUGUGCAUAAUGUUGAAUGUGUAUUAGAUAAAAAGCAUAUUGCCAUCAGAAGGUGCUUUUUAUUUUAAGAGGAUUUAGUUCGUCAGGAAAUUUAAUAUUUUGUUAUACUAAAGUGAUUUGAUGUUGAAAAAUGUUUAUUUUGUAAGUGGAAAAUGUUUAUGAAAUAACACGGUGACAAAGACAUAGUCAAAACAGAAUUGCUUAUUGUAAAGGUUUUGUAAGUAGAGACAGUUUUAUAGGGAAGCAAAGAAAAGAUUAUAAUAUUCAAACAGAAGGAAUAAUAUUGACAGCAACAGUGUAAAAGCAGUGUGACAUGGCAGUCGAGGAGCACGAUACAGAUGGCAAUUAUUACUUGGAACUAUCUUCUGAUCCAAUUAAAUUUGAAUCAGUUAGUUGUCUUACCAAUGUUUUUUUCGAUGACUCAAAACAGCAAGUAUUUGCUGUUCGAUCAGGGGGAGUUGCAAGCGUAUUAGUUAAAGGACCAAACCAAAAUCUAAACUUUCGAAUGGAAGACAAAGGGCCUGUGAUUUCUAUCAAGUUUUCUCCUGAUAUGAAUAUAUUAGCUAUCCAACGUAACAAUGCAUCAGUAGAAUUUGUUAAUUAUUCUCCUGUCACAGGAUUAGAUAAUAUUGAAUACUCGCAACCAUGUAAAGGAAAAAAUGCAACUAUAUUGGGAUUUGUUUGGACUCAUGGAAAUGAAAUAUUAUUUGUUACUGAUUAUGGAGUUGAGUUGUUUCAAGUAAAUCCAGAAAAACGAAAUGUUCGGGCACUAAAAUGCUUGAGUUUAGGUGUCAACUGGUUUGUUUAUUGCCCACAAAGCUAUCUAGUGCUUUUAUCGUCUGGUACAAUGGGAAAUCAAAUGCAAGCAUUACAUGUAACACCUGGAAAUCUCCAUAAAUUGACAAAAUUUGAAAUGGAACCUGGUGCAACAAAACCAGGUAAGUUAGCGGUUUGCGAACGGGAUGUGGCAUUAGCAGUUUUGUAUGGAACACCUUGUAUUAUCUUAUUGCGACAUCAACCAGGAGCAAAUCGUUCAACAGGAACUGCAUCCGUCUAUGUAUACACUGUCCAUAAGAUGACAAUGAUCAAGCGAAGUCAUAUUUUGCAACUCGAUGUCAGUGGUAGAUUUGCCAUUAAUGUUGUCGAUAAUCUCAUCAUUGUUCACCAUCAAGCUUCAAAAACCUCAAUGAUUUUUGACAUUAUGUUGCCGGGAGUGAGCGAUGGAACCGUAAUGCAUCAUAAUAGCGUAGCACCAGCAAAAGCCAUCAAGCCGUAUAGUUUGAAAGUGCCAGGGGCAACUUUAUCAGAGCAAGCUUAUCAACCAUGUCAAUUAUAUUCACCAAACUGGGUCGUUUUCCAGCCAAACAUCGUGAUAGAUGUGAAGCUAGGUUGCCUAUGGUACGUGGAGUUGAAACUGGAUGCGUUGGUCAAACUUAUUACGGACAAAGUAUUGCUGGUAGAAUUUUUGAUGCAACGAACGAACGCAAAGCAAGUGUUGGUGCAGGUACUGCAGAGCUUUAUGAUACAGCUGCCUGUCAGUUUGAUGGACAUGCCGGUUAUAUUCGAUAAACUGAAUUCCGUAUAUAGAAAUUAUUUGGAAAGCGAAAUUCAAAGUCAGAUGGGGACUCCUUUACAAAAUAAUGUAAAAAGCAUCGGUGUACCUCCCGAGAACUAUAAGUACAAGCUUCUGCUCGAUCAGAGCGACACUUAUAGUUACAUAUUAUCAAAAUUCCCGGAAAAUACGAUUGAACCAAAAAUGAUUGUAUGGGUACUUCUCGAAUAUAUUAGAUCCUUGACUGAACAUGGAAUACCUGUACAACAUUACUUACACGAGUUGCUAAUAACGACGUUAGUGCAGCGGAAAGCAUAUUACCAGCUUCAUCAGUUGUUGCAAUAUCACGUGGUAGCAGAUUCGAAACCUUUGGCAUGUUUAUUGCUCUCUUUGGAGAAUCUUUAUCCGGCUGCUCAUCAGCUUGCCUUGGAUAUGCUGAAAAGACUCGGGAAUGCUCACGAAGAAAUAAUUGAAGUUCUUCUUUCGAAAGGUCAUAUUUUACAAGCAUUGCGAUAUGUUCGGUCAGUGGGAAAGGCGGAUCAAGUUUCCGCCAGGAAAAUCUUGGAAGCAGCGAAAGCCACGGAGGACACUACAUUAUUUUUUUCAGUUUUCAAGUUCUUCGAACAGCGUAACUUAAGGCUGCACAAUUCGACAGCCUUCGCGAAGGGAGAACACUGCCAGGCUUACGUUCAACAUUUCAAAAAUUUAUUUCACGGAACUGAUAACGGAUGUAACUCGGAUACCAAUUCCAACGUUACUACCAUCUCUUCUUGAUAAAUUUCUUGAUGCGUUUUCCACUCAAUUUUGUUGCCGCCUUAUUUUAUUGUAAUAUAAAUGGCGACGACGGCUACGACUACUACAGGCUACAACAUCGAUAACAAUAGCAACAGCAGAAAAGACUACAACCGGUGGUGCAGUUCACAUUUGUAACACGGAGAAUAGAAGAGCUUAUCUGGUCGCGUUGAAGUAUUUAUUCGCUCUAUCCCUUCGCGAUAUACAUAUGCGUAGCAUAUUUUUCAUCGUUUAUUUACAUUUAUUGUAUUUACCAAUACAAUUUUGAUUUGAUAUCGAUACAGCAUUCGUUUUGUUUCUUCAAAUAUUUACGUAGCUAUAGCGGAACGCUAAUGCGAUACAAAAGACUACUAGAACAAAAUAAUGGCGCAUCGACAAGUUCGCGCACAGAGUUCGAGCGUAGAAGCAUGCUAGAUUAAGAUAGGAAAAAAGAUUUCAACGUUUAGUAAUAAAAAUAUCUAUUUUUUUUUUACUGUU